UUGGCGCUGCAUUUCGAGGUUUCUUCAUACUGUGGUUCUUAAAAUCCGAAUGAACGGAAAACCCGCAUCAUGACCGGUUCCACUCUUCUGCAAUACGGGCUCCGGACAAUUGUGCUCUUGUCAUCGAUUUUAACAGUGGUGCAUGGCCACAAAGACGUGGAGACUACAGUCGUGCAACGAGAUGCGCCAAACUUCGUUGCUAGGAUCUUGCCUUUAGGAGCUUCCAUAGUAUGGGGUUACAAUACUCCAGAAGGCAACGGUUUUCGUUUAUUCCUACGAGAUGAACUGACAAGUAAUGGCUGGAACGUCAAUAUGGUUGGCUCGAAACAACACGGCACCAUGGUGGACAACGACGUCGAAGCCCAUUCAGGCGACACGAUUGACCAAAUCCACACAGCAUCACUAAAAUCCGUUGUAUACCAACCCAAUGUAAUAGUAAUAAACGCCGGCAACAAUGAUUGCCACCUACACAUCGACAUCAAAAACGCUGGUGCACGGUUAAAUUCCAUGCUCGAUGAACUCUUUGAGCGGAUACCCGACGUCACAAUCGUCUUGUCUACACUCAUCUUUUCUACAAACAAAGACGUAGAAGAGGAUCGGGGGACAUUGAACGACCAAAUCCGUGGCCUAAUCAUCGCCCGCCGUGAGAAGAAAGAGAAGAUUGUACUGGCAGAGAUGACCGGAGCAGGGGACGCGUUUGUAGAGACGGUGGAUCUGACGAGUGAUGGAGUACACCCCAACGAUGGAGGAGCCAAGAAGAUGGGCCAUGUUUUCUACCAAGCCAUCUUGCAGGCUUAUGCAGAAGGGCUGAUCACGAAGCCGAAUUCAUCCGAUGCUGUGCCUGACGAGGUUCAGGUUGCGAAGGUAUCGAGUACUACGAUCGUAGUGGCACCAACGACGACGAGCUCGGUCAUUAUUGUUCCGACCACUACCUCGUCAACAAGCACAACAUCAACUACGCCAACUCCGACGCCAACUCCGACAAGCACUGCCUCGUCAACGACGACCACGGUACCGAAGCCGUCAACUACGACAGCCACAGCAGCUGCGUCAGGGAACCUUGGGGCGGCCCAGGUGCACACAAAAGUAUUGAGCACGUUCACCACUACUAGUAGUGGCAUCAGCAGCACUACGACUAGAAGCACGUCUGCCACCACCUAUUCGACCAGCAGGGGGUCAACAGUGACCAGCAGCAGCAGUAGGCCGACAUCGACACCGACAAGAGUGUCAACCACAAUUACAUCAAGCACCGUCCGCAGCAGUCCAACUAGCAGUGCUGUGCCCAACAACGCGGCGACAACCUCCAAGCAUAUGGCCGGAGGAGGCGGCGGGGCACGCUGGGUCCUGGCCUCUGCGGGCCUCGCGUUGAGCUUCACCUGGCUGCUGUAAUGGCACCGACCACGAUUUAACACCGGAGCUGGACAGCCAAUACGCUACCAAUUCUCUCGCUUGACGACGAGAACAUGCAUAGGCGAGCAUGUGGGAUAUUGCAUUGGAGUUUAUUGAUACCCCCCUAAGUAGAAGUUGAAGUACGAGUUUUUAGUUUUCAGCUGUCG